AUGGCGGUCACCGGGUCUGUGCUGCUCGAUUGGGGUUUGAUCAGCCUGGUGCUGGUCGCCAUCUUCUACGGACGAUCGUACGCCCGUCUCAGCCAUAUUCCUGGCCCGCGUCUCUGGGGAUUGUCUGUCAUUCCCCUAUUCCGAACCCACCUCGACGGCGAGAUCUACAACAGAUUCGGACACCUCCACCAGCAAUAUGGGCCGUUGGUGCGAAUAGCCCCAAACACUUUGUUGACGGCAGAUCCAGAUGUCUUGCGUCGCAUGUCGGCGGUGCGGUCACCGUAUACGCGGUCCGAUUGGUACAUCGCCAUGCGCUUGAGCCCCGGACAAGAUAACGUCCUCUCGAAUCGAAAUGAGGCCAAACACGAGGACCUAAGGCGGAGAAUGGGAUUUGGAUAUUCCGGAAAAGAAAACCUCACUCUAGAGCGGGACAUUGACGAUUGCGUACAAGACUUGGUCAAUCUCGUCAACGCCAAGUAUAUCAGCAGCCCGGGAACGAUGAUUCCUAUGGACCUGGCACGAAAGAUUCAGUUCUUCACCAGCGACGUCAUGAGUAAACUGUCAUUCGACAACAAGUUCCAUGAUCUCCGGGACGACAAUGACAACCUGGGGUACAUCCAUGAACUCGAGACUAUUUUUCCCUCCAUCUUCUGCACUUGCUGUCUCCCUCGGGUCAUCGAGUUCCUUACCAACAUCGGCUUCCUUGGCCUCUUCGCACCCUCUGCCAAAAGCAAGCUUGGUCUGGGCAAGGUGGUGGCCAUUACUCAAGAACAGGUUGCCAGGCGCUUUGGGCCCGAUGGCAAGGCCAAGGGCGAAUACAGUGACAUGCUUGGUAGUUUCAUUCGACACGGACUCACCCAACAAGAAGCGGAGUCGGAGAGUGUCAUGCAAUUGGCCGCCGGGUCGGACACAACAGCUACUGGACUUCGAGCAACCCUACGCGGCAUCAUUUCUAGUCCGCUGGUGUACAAGAAGUUGAUGGCCGAAAUCGACGAGGCAGUUGCAGCUGGGAAGAUACCCUCGGAUGACUUGAUAGUCUCCAAUGCCCAAGCCAGGGAUCUUCCAUAUCUGCAGGCGUGCAUUAAGGAGGGGCUGCGGUGGUAUCCGCCUAUUGCAGGCAUGUUGGCGAAGAAGACUCCGCCGGGGGGUGACACCAUCAGCGGUCACUUCGUUCCUGGUGGCAUCUCAAUUGCCUACUCGGCAAAGCAAGUCCACCACUCGCCGGCUCUGUUUGGUCCCGACGAGUACGCUUUUCGGCCCGAACGAUGGAUCCUCCAGAGUGAUGGCGGAGACGAACCAUCUAUUGAAAAGAUCAAGGCCAUGGAGCAAAACAAUGAGCUCAUCUUUGGGUAUGGCAGGUAUCAAUGUCUGGGGAAGACCGUGGCCAUGAUCGAGCUGAACAAGGUGAUCUUGGAAUUACUUCGCCGCUUCGAGUUCAAUCUUAUGGACCCCCUGAGUCCCUGGAAGACCAGAUGUUUCGGGAUUCACCUCCAGACCGAUAUGUGGGUGACGGCCCACAGACGGAAGUUGACUGCCACCGAGGCGGAAUGA